AUGGACCAACUCGAAGUCAUCGAUGAGACUGGCGACAUCGAAGUACAGGACGCGGAUUCCAUCUCCGGUGCAUCACUUUUCUAUGAUAGCGACGACGGCAGAUCAGCAACUCAGUCUGUGACUUCGAGUAUAUACGACUAUGAACAGCUACACGGCCGUACUUAUCACGCUUACCACGGAGGCAAGUAUAUCUUGCCAAACGAUGAGGACGAGCAGGAACGAUGCGACAUUAUGUAUCAUGCCGUGCGAUUAUCGAUCGGCAAUAAACUUUACUUCGCUCCUAUACAGGACCCUAUCAACAUACUAGAUAUCGGUACCGGCACAGGUCUCUGGGCUAUUGAAAUGGCCGAUGCAUUUCCAGCCGCGGAAGUCUGGGGCACUGACUUGAGUCCAAUUCAACCAAGCUAUGUCCCGCCCAAUCUACACUUCGAAAUUGCCGACGCCGACGAGGAAUGGACUUACAGACAAAAAUUUGAUCUUGUCCACACCAGAGUCAUGAAUGACACCUCCUUAAAGGACUGGUCGCACUUCUACAGAGAAGCCUUCAAGGUCCUCAAGCCCGGCGGCUGGGUCGAGUCCCAAGAGUUCAGCUACCGACUGUAUUCUGACGACAACACUAUACCCAAAGACUCCAGUGUCAUGUAUUGGGAGGCACUCUGGACCGAAGGCGUCCAGAAACAAGGACUUCAAGGUCACUGCAAUCCUGAUCUGGUAUACAAGCAGAUGCAAGACGCCGGCUUCAUCAACAUAACACGUCUGAACUUCAAGAUGCCCAUCGGUCCGUGGCCAAAGGACCCUACGUUGCGUGAAGCCGGUGAGUAUGGACGAGCAAACUUGCUCUUCGGCUUUUACGGCCUUAGCGUCAAGGUCUUCACGCAACUGCUCGGCUGGCAAGUGGAAGAGCUGGAAGUUCUGCUUGCAAAAUGUCGGCAGGAGCUCAACCGCAGGGAGAUCCACGGAUACUGGCCAAUUUGGAUUAUGUUCGCACAGAAGCCGCCAAAUGCCGGUCCCUGA